AUGUCCUCACCCACGACAACAUAUCAGAAUGGACCAAUGCAGGGCAGUCAAUCAAGCACUUCGAGUACCGCGGACUCUGUCCAUUCCAGAAGCACAGCACCAACAGAACACAGCCGUCGUAUAACCAUCACAGAAAAGGAAGACGAGUCCUUCGCGGCACCUUUUUUCACAGAAGAUCCUCGCAACUCCAAUUCAACCUAUGCAUCAACAGUUCCUUCCUUUGAAGACUUCCCAAAACAAGCAGAAGAAGAGAAAGAGCCUCGAUAUGAAGUUGUUACCGAUCGACAAGAAACAUUCGCAUCAAGUGCGAUCCCAUCCAACUCAGCGACAUUUGCCGACCUGUUCCCGUCCGGUCGGCGUCUCUUCAUCCACCAUGACGAUUCCACGUUAGACGGAAACAUGAAUCUGCGCGUCGACACGCUUCUGAAUCGCAGAGACCGAACGCGACAACAGGAAGUUACGCUUUUCCAUCUGAGGAUGCACGAUCUGCACAGUCGAAACUUUUCUUUCAGGCGUUAUUGUCGGGAUUCAGGUCGCGAAGUAUGUCAUUCGAGACGAUUGACGCAGAUGUCUCAUUCACAACGACCGAAUCUACGGAGGUCGUGGAGCACAGCCUUGAACGGGUUGCGACCGGGUUCGGGCUCGAGUGAUAAGAAUUCCGCGAAUGGGUUUCUGAAGCUUAAUAAUGGCAGCAAACAUUCACAUCAUCAAUCGCUGCCCAAGUCCUCGCCGUUACAGGACCUGAUGCAUGACGAGCCUACUUCCUCCUGGCCAGCCGAAGAAAAGUUAUCGAAUACCAUGCUUCUUGAGUUCUGCAACUACGCACAUGUCGAACUGUCCCGGGUUGGCGUCACUCCUUCGAAAAGAUACGAAUUCGAGUACUGGAGUACAAGGUAUCAAUGGCGACGAGAAUUCAGACGCGAAGGAGACUUGAAUGAAGUUUCAUAUCAUCUCGUCAAUCUCGAGUCGUCAAGGACAGUUGCCUACAUAGUGCCCGAAAUCCUGACGCCUAUGGAGCUGAUGGAGGAAGAAGAAAAGGGAGGCUGGGUGCCGAAAUGUUCGAUGUGGAUUAGUGACUCGUCGGUUUAUGAGAGAAUGCCUGAUGUUGCUGACGUCAUUGUAGCUACCGGAAUCAUGGUCCUCGUGGAUGACAGCAUCAGACGUCGAUGGCACAACAAACGACAGGUCAGACUAAACAUGGGUCAUAGGAGGGCUUCUUCAUUUCUACAAAAUAUACACUUGGACUCUUUGGGUCCGAAACGAUUGAUUGAUGAAAUCUUUCAUCGCCGCGGGUCGGCUUGA